CGGCGAUGUGGCUGAAGCCCGAGGAGGUGCUGCUGAAGAGCGCGCUGCGGCUCUGGGUGCAGGAGCGAUGCAACCGCUUCUUCGUGCUGCAGCGGCGCCGGGGAGGCGGCCAGGAGGGCGGCGGAGGAGGCGGACUGACCGGUCUCCUGGUGGGGACGUUGGACGCCGUCUUGGAUUCCACAUCAAAAGUGGCCCCUUUCCGUAUCCUGCACCAGACUCCGGAUUCCCAAAUUUACUGGUCUAUUGCCUGCGGAACCAGCCGAGAAGAGAUAACGGAGCACUGGGAAUGGUUAGAGCGCAAUGUGAUGGAGACUCUCUCCGUCUUCGACUCCAACGAGGACAUCGUAAGCUUUGUGCACGGGAAAAUUCAAGGCUUAAUUGCUGAGGAGAAUAAAGGGUCUUUAGUAAGAGAAGAAGAUCCAGAGAAGUUCCGGGAAGCCCAUCUGAAGUUUCAGAAGUGUUUUGGGUUGGCCGAACAGGAGAAACUCGUGACUUACUACUCGUGUAGCUACUGGAGAGGGCGGGUGCCCUGCCAAGGUUGGCUGUAUCUGAGUACCAACUUCCUCAGCUUUUACUCGUUCCUGCUGGGAGCCGAGAUCAAACUCAUAAUAGCCUGGGAUGAGAUCUCCAAACUGGAAAAGACCUCCACGGUGAUCCUGACAGAAAGCAUCCACGUUUGUGCCCGUGGAGAGGACCAUUACUUCUCCAUGUUUUUGCACCUGGGUGAGACUUUCCUCCUCAUGGAACAGCUGGCUCUCUACUCCGUCCGGAGACUCUUCGACAAGGAGAGCUUUGAAGCUGACCCGGUCCUCUGCGACCCCUUGCAAAUCACUAAGAGAGGACUGGAGAAUCGGGCGCACAGCGAGCAGUUCAACGCCUUCUUCAGGCUGCCCAGCGAGGAGACGCUGCGGGAGGUCCACGAGUGUUUCCUGUGGGUGCCCUUCAGCCACUACAACACCCUGGGGAAGAUGUGCCUUUCGGAAAACUACAUCUGCUUUGCCAGUCAAGAUGGCUGCCUGUGUUGUGUCAUCGUCCCCCUGAGAGAGGUCACUUCAGUUGAGAUCGCUGACCACGCCAGCAAGGCCAUCACCAUCGCUACCAAAGGAUCCCGGGCUUUCCGUUUCUCGGAAGUGAGAGAUUUUGAAGCGCUGGUGGUGAAACUCAGGACCAGAUAUAAUGCGGCACCGAGCCCCCAGCACAGCGCGAGUGCAGAGGCCAGGAUCAGCUCAGAGGCCACCGCCGUCUGGGAGGACUACGAGGGGCAGCCGAUGGCCAGCCACAAAGGCAGCAGCGCCACCGUUAGCACGGAAGCCCUGAUGACCGUUUUUCACCCACACGAUGCGGAGAACCUGGAUUCAAAGAUGUUAAAAGAAAAAAUGAAAGAGCAAUCCUGGAACAUCCUUUUCAUAGAGUGCGGACGGGGCGUGAGUAUGUUUCGGACGAAGAAAACCCGGGAUCUGGUGGUCAGAGGAAUUCCAGAAGUCUUAAGAGGAGAACUUUGGCUUCUGUUCUCAGGCGCUGUCAAUGACAUGGCAAGCCAUCCCGGCUAUUACUCGGAGGUGGUGGAAAAAUCUUUUGGGACGUGCACCCUGGAGACAGACGAAAUCGAGCGGGAUCUGCGGCGCUCACUGCCCGAACACCCCGCCUUCCAGAGCGACACAGGCAUUUCGGCCCUCCGUAGGGUCCUCAUCGCCUACGCCUACAGGAACCCCAAGAUCGGCUAUUGUCAGGCCAUGAAUAUAUUGACGUCGGUGCUGCUCCUUUACGCCAAAGAAGAGGAAGCGUUUUGGCUCCUGGUGGCCGUCUGCGAACGGAUGCUGCCCGAUUAUUUCAACCGCCGGAUUAUCGGCGCCUUGGUCGAUCAGGCCGUGUUUGAGGACCUGAUCCGCGAGUAUUUACCUCAGCUGACGGAGCACAUGACCGACAUGACUUUCUUCUCCUCCGUCUCGCUCUCCUGGUUCCUCACACUCUUCGUCAGCGUGCUGCCCAUCGAGAGCGCCGUCAACGCAGUCGAUUGCUUUUUCUACGACGGGAUCAAGGCCAUCUUGCAGCUGGGCCUGGCCGUGCUGGAUUACAACCUGGACAAGCUGGUGGCUUGUAAGGACGACGCGGAAGCGGUCACAGUGCUCAGCAGGUUUUUUGAGAGCGUGACCAACAAGGACAGUCCGCUGCCUCCGGCAGUUCAGCAGGCCUCUGGGAUGAACGAAAGCAAAACUCCUCACCCCAAAGUGGACAUCACGGACCUCAUUCGAGAGUCCAACGAGAAAUAUGGUGAAAUCCGAUUCGAGGAAGUAGAAAGCAUGCGACGUCGCAACAGACUGUACGUCAUCCAAACCUUGGAAACCACCACUAAGCAGAAUGUGCUCCGGGUUGUCUCCCAAGAUCUGAGCAUCAGCCAUAGAAACCUGGAAGAACUGUAUGAAUUAUUCAAGAAAGAACAUUUUCUCUCCUGUUAUUGGAAACCGAAUAGUCCAGGCCUAAAGCACCAUGAUGCCAGCCUACCCUAUCUGGAUCAAUAUCGGAUCGACUGCCAGCAAUUCCGAACCUUGUACCACCUCUUGAGUCCAUGGGCACACUGUGCCAACCGAGAUUCUCUGGCCCUGUGGACCUUCCGGCUGCUGGAUGAGAAUGUGGACGGCCUGAUCAACUUCAAAGAAUUUGCAUCCGUUUGGGAUGUCCUCUAUCACGGAAGCUUCACCCAUAAGCUGACAAUGCUUUUCAAAUUGCACAUUCCUCCAGCUUUUACCGAGGUGGAAUCUCUCAGCCCUUUGAAAGGCUCUCAACUCUCUAAAGAAGAACUGAUCCAUUUCAGUCAACUAAGCGUCUCUUCUCCUGAAGACAAAGACAAUGCAGAUGCCUUGAAGACAAGUCCUGAAAAAGGGAAAGGAAAAGUAGACAUCCAGGCUUACUUGAAGCAGUGGCAAGACGAGAUCCUUAAAAAGGAAGAAAGCAUUAAGGAUUUGCCUCGGAUGAACCAGUCCCAAUUCAUCCAGUUCUCCAAGACCUUGUAUAACUUAUUCCACGGCGAUCCAGAAGAAGAGCUCUUGUUCCGUGCCAUCGCUACCGUUACCGGCCUCUUGCUGAGAAUGGAAGAGGUGGGGCGAAAGCUCCAGAGCCCCACUUCCCCAACCCGGAGGGGAACAUCUCCCAUGGUUGGUCCUACAGCACCAGCGGAUUCCCAGACUGAUGACCCAGGAGCCCCGAUCUCCGGCUCCGUCGGCGAAGGCUGGUCGUUCGCUUUUGAGCAGAUCCUGGCGUCGUUGCUGAACGAACCCGCCUUGGUGAGGUUUUUUGAGAAACCGGUCGAUGUCAGAGCCAAGUUAGAAGCCGCUAAAGCCACUCAGUUGAAAGCAAGAGCUGGCGUAUAAGAAUCCCUAGAGAGUCGCUUCUGCUUUCCCCUCGUGUAAAAACAAUCCCAAACAGGAGGCGACCACUGAGUUUGAA